CAAAAAAAGUUGCUAGCUGGAGGAAAUCGAAUUUUCCGUCGUAUUUAUUUCUCUGAAAGAGGAAGAACAUCUAAUUUAUUUUCCAAAAUGCACUCUGUUUUGUCACGUAUUUCCACCAAAGUGGGUAGAAAUGCACUGAGCAACUUUGUGAGGACCCAUAGCCAUGGAGGUGUCCCUGGCGAGAAUCUGCCAUUUGAUCUUACCAACCGCUACAAACUGACACUGUGGUUCAUCUUGUAUGCUGGCUCUGGCUUCUCUGCACCAUACCUGAUCUGUCGCCAUCAGCUGCUCAAGAAGUAAAUGGUUCUUGGCGCACUAUGAUUCGAGCAGAUCUAUUAGGCUUAAGCUAGCAAAGUGUACAUUUAUUGAUAAUAAACUUAUGUUUAGAAAGUAAAUCAUUCGUUUUUAAUCUCUUACAUAAUCAUAGACAA